UCCGAGCUCCGGAGCGCAGCUUGGAUGGGCGUAGCGCGGCGCCAGCCCGGUAACUGUCAGGUAAACUGGGGGUUAUCUUUGAGUCGUUGACGGUUUUAAUCAAAAUUUCCUCAGACACAUAACGCAGUAAAUGUAGUUUGAUCUUUUCCCUCUCGGGCGUUGGGUGCACUGUGGCCAGUAUAUGGCAAGUUUUUGUUGUUUGUUUUUGUAUUUAGUGACGAGUUAAAUGACAGUUUAGUAGUGCAGCGACUCCAUGUAGAUAGACAAGAUAAGUAACAUGCCGCGGAAGAAGCGAUGUCGUCCGAGGGACAGCGGGGAUGAUGCUGGUUCAGUGUCCCGCAAGCGGAGACACACGGAAAGUCAAGGAGAAAUUGUGCCAAUUCCUGACAGCGAGCAUGAGGAAGAAGAAUUCAAGCCAUCGGCGAGGGAAUCCCGCUUACGGGGGAGGGAAAGCAAAGCCCAGACAAAAGAACUGACGGAUGAUGAGAUGCUCACCUUGGCGUUGAAACGCAGUGCAGAGGAGGCUACGACAGCUGAGCUGAGGCACAAAGAGGAAGAGGAAGCUGUGAAGAAAGCCAUUGAAGAGAGUCUCCACGCAAAUGAGACUCAAAUCAUCAGUAAUAAUUCGGAAUCGCCACUCCUCUCGGGUCAGGAUUCCCCCCCAGUACCUGCGAGCCCCGUCUUCCCUGCUAGAGAUAAGCCCUCGCUUCAGAACAGCAGCAAGAUUGGCCCGGAUGGUUCUGACUGUUAUGAUGCUGUUAUUGAUAUGGAUGAAGAAAACCAGCAUCCCCAACGCCAGACACUAGAUGUGUGUCAGUGGAGAUCAGAUGGUUCCUCAAAGCCUUUACCAGCCUUGGAGAAGGGCAAAUACAGUGAGGCAGAGUCCAGUAGCCAGGAAAUUCAGGGUCCUUCCAGAUGUCAGUGGCAGAGGGGAAAAGGCUCUGGUGAUAUAGGGAAUGGGAGUCCCCGUCACGGCCCUGUCCUUUGCAUCGAAAGGUUGAGUCAGGAGCUGGUGGAUGACUGCCAGGCCUCAGGGUUCGUGUUGUGUUCCCAGGAACUUCCUGUCCACCUGACACCUUCAGGGAGGUCGGCGUCCUCCCCGCCGGCGAGUCCCACACUCUCUGAAAGUCCUGUGUUUGCCAGGAUGGACUUGGGAAGCAUGGAGAAGGGUGUUGCUGGGAAAGGCACCUAUAGCCCCGCGAAACAAGCCAUCGUCACAGAUGCAACGCAGUCUGGGGAUCCAGGAAAUUCCCAGGACUUUCCUGAGAGUCAAGGCCUGGAUGCGGACAGCAGCGACUCCUCUCAGUCCCUCCUGUGCCCCAGGAGGACGUGGGCACUAAGUCGGAAGCAUGUCCCCAAAAAACGUGCAACCGGGGGAAGAGGUUGCCGCGGCCAGGCUUCACAGGGCAAUGUGAGUCAAUCGCAGAGUGAAGAGGAACCCUGCAAGACAGAGGGUGGCACUGUCUGUUCUGCAGAGAGGUUAUUUCUCACGACCUCAAGUGGAACAGACGACCCCACCAACCAGACGGGACGGGCCUGGUCUGAGGAAGAGGAGGACAAAGGUCCCAGGAAGAGAAACCACAUGCCGGGCGAUGCUGAUAUCCUCAGCCUUGGGAGGGCUAGGGAUGCAGACCAAGCGGCCAGCCCCGUCUUCCCUAGAGAGGUGCCAUAUCACAAGAUGUGUGUUUCGGGCCCCACCUCUUCUCUGGGCACGCCCCGGUGCCUCAUGGGGAGCCCUUGGCGUAAGGAGACACAGGAAGGAAGCAAAAUCCGACGGAGGUUCACCUUUGGGAACGGGAAUGUCACUAAAUCCCCAAGCCGGACGGAGGACUCUGUCGUUCAUGUCCCCACAGAGGAGCAGGGUGGUCCCAAGGAGCCCCCGGUGGUUAGGGCUGUGCAUUACUACUGGGGAGUUCCUUUCUGCCCCCGGGGGCAGAAUCCCGAUGAUUACACUCAGGUCAUCCUCUCUCAGCUGGAGGUGUAUGAGAAGAGCCUGAAGGAGGCGAGGAGGACCUUGCUCCGCAAGGCCGAGUGGGGCGACCCCUUGCUCCCCGCCUCGCCCGAGAGGCGCCUCCGCAGGAGGGGUCGACCCAAACGCUCCAGGGCCUUGCGGCUGCUCGACGAGGAGGAGGAGGAGGAGGAGGAGGUGGUGGCGGCGGAGCAGGAAGAGGAGGAUGACACGGAGGAGGCGACACUCGUGGAGGAGGGCGAGGAGAAUGGAAGCGCUGGUUCUCCGAAGGGGUCAAAGGCGACUGAGGAGACACAGGAACGGAACAAGAAGCGGCUGGCUGCCCAGCAGCAGAAGAUCCCUGUGCUCUGCACUUCAGAAGAAAUCCCCGAGAGACAGAAAUCUCUGAGGAGACGCGGACAUGGAGAAAGCAGGUUGGCCAAAGGUGGGGUGCCACAUUCCCAGGGCCGGGAAGACGAGGAGACCCAGCUGUGUCCAGAGAGCCAGCUCAGUGAGGAACCGUUGGCAGAGCUGAAGUGGGAGAGCUCAGCAGACACAGAGGUUCACUCCAGGGACUCGGAGUGUGAGGUGAUGGUGCUGGACCAGGAGGGGAGCGCUGUAGCUCAGGUGGAGGAGGUGGAGGACAUGGAAACAGAGGGGGGGUCGGAUUCGCAGGCCCGCGGCGAGGGGGUACAGUGCCCUAUCUGCAUGCAUUGCUUCCCGCCAGCGCGGAUCGAGAUGCACGCAGCGUACUGCGACGGCACGCCAGAGGACCGGUCCCCGGAGGAGCCCCUAUCUCAGGGUCAGCUUCUCCACCUGGGGGCAGCUCGGAAGAAACGCAGCAGGAACGACGUCGCUGGGGAGAACCAGCCGAGCUCCUCAUUCAAUGGCAGAUCCCAAUUGAGGGAGCAAUGCUACUUGUGUCAGAAAACGUUCCGUCUGAAGGAUUACAAGAGGCACGUGGAUAACUGCAUCCAGCAGAGGCCCAAACAGGAGGGCUCCAGAAACCUGCUGGUGGCCUUGGACCAGACGGAGCAGAACGUGGACUGCGCAGAAGCUGGAUCAUCGGACUCAAGAAAAAAAAGUCACAGCUCCGCCAGACCGCGGGAUGACGACGAGCUGGGGUAUCCUGUAGACCCCGGAUUCCUGGUCAGCUCCUCCCCUAUCCGAUCCUUCACCCCCAUUUCAGAAGCCACAGACUGCCUUGUCGACUUCAAGCGCCAGUACUCACACGGUUCGGGCCAAAGAGGACGGAGGAAGAAGUUUUAAGUAACAGCCUUUCUCAAAAUGUCACUUGUUCCCCAAAAAUAUACUAAUUUUUAUAUAUCACCAUGUUUGUUGAAGUGUUUAUAAAUUCUGUUGAAACAUUG